CUACGUCCAGGACCCGGGUAUGUCCUUAAACUACGUCCAGGACCCGGGUAUGUUCUUAAACCACGUCCAAGACCACCGGUGGACGGGCAGCAGCGUCCCUCAAAUUCGGUGUACUCGACUGCGAUCGCCAACCCGCCUGCCAAGCGUGGCGAUUAUGGCAUUCACCCCCCAAAAAAGGGGGAGGCCUAUGUUCAGCAGUGGACGUCUUAUGGCUGAGAUGAUGAUGAUGAUGUAUUUUGUGUCUUACUGCUGGACAAAGGCCGCUUCAAAAUAUCGUCUUUAAUCAGAAACUUACAGAAACGUCUCUUUUGACACUGACAGCUCAUAACCAUAAACAAAUCCAGGUCAAAUUGAUAGCCCGUUAGGAAAAUCAGAAUAUGCCUCCAGGCUUGAAGCCUUUCUCUAUUUGUCAGUAAAAUUUUUGUUGUUGAAUUUUUUGAGUGAAACAUUGUGAAAUACUUUGCCGAUGGCUGUAGAGCUUCAGGAGAAAGUUUACAAAAGAAACAAACUCUUGAAAUGUUUGUACUUGUUAGGAACUUUUCUAUUGUGUGUAUAUUUGAGGUUGAAGACAUUGAAGUUUUGUUGCUCUUUUCACGUUUACUUAAAACGUGCGCGGUAUGUUUCGUAUUUAUAACAUUUCAACAUUCAACAUUUGUCACUUGUCUAUACCUUCGGCCGGCACACUUUUCAUUCCCAGCUAUGCAGUAAUAUAUAUUUUUCUUGGGGGAAAAGUAUAAAAUUCACAAUCAAACGUAUAAAAUUCCCGUGUUUGAAUUACGAACGAAAUGUGGGCAUUUCCGAGCAUUUAUAAAAUACGUUAUGUCAUGUCAUAAUUAAUUGAGAUAAGCGCCAGAGUCAGCUCUUAUUUAUUUACAAGAUACAGUAACAGUAAUAUAUUCAAAUACGCUUAUCUUGGGUUUAUAUUUUGUAACAGACUAUAAUAAAACCAUUACUAUCUCGCAGUUCACCGCUUAACGCCAUAGGUGCGUCAUACGUACGAAAAAUGCAAGAAAUUGAGGGGAGGCGACGAAACGGUCUACAAGAUAUACAAGAAAAGAAAGAAACUGAAGAAGUGACCUACGAUGACCUGUUGUCAUCGGCCGGCGAGUUCGGCCUGUAUCAAAAGAUCUUAUUCAUAUCCACAUUUCCCUUCUACGCAUUCGGAGUCGUGUCGUAUUUCCAACAGCUGUUUAUCACUGAAGUGUCGCCGUACCAUUGGUGCAAUGUUCCCGAGUUAGUGAACCUGACCGCACUGCAGCGGAGAGCGCUGGCUAUCCCCGCUGACACAGACGCCAGGUUCGGAUACUCGCAGUGCUCAGCGUACGUCGCCAACUGGAGCGACGAGCUGGCCGCCGGCCGCACCACUCCCGACCCCUCAUGGCGCACCGAACCCUGCCGUUACGGAUGGGAGUUCAACUCCACCGAGAUCCCCUAUCCAACCAUCUCCAGCGAGCUGGGGUGGGUGUGUGACAAGGACAGCUACCAAGCCUCCGCGCAGUCCAUCUUCUUCGUCGGCUCCAUCGUCGGAGGAUUCUUAAUCGGAUGGAUCGCGGACCGCUACGGCCGGCUCCCCGCUGCCGCCGUUUGCAACGUGAUCGGGGGCGUCUCUGGCGUCAUCACUAUCUUCGCAACAAACUUCGUCCAGUUCGCCGUUUGCAGAUUCUUCAUGGGAAUGUCCUGGGACAACUCCAUGCUGAUGGUGUACCUCUUGGUGCUGGAAUACGUCGCACCAAAAUAUAGAACGAUAAUAGCGAAUCUGCCCUUUGCCAUUUUCUAUAGUAUUGCAGUUUGUGUUUAUCCAUGGAUAGCCCUCGCUUGCAAUAAUUGGAAAGUAUUAUCUGUGGUCACGAGUACACCGAUGAUAUUCGCGGUGUUGGCACCUUUUGUGAUGCCAGAGAGUCCCCGAUGGCUCUUGGCAGUCGGACGUGUGGAUGACGCAAUUAAAAGAAUCCAGAGAAUUGGUCAAGUUAACAAGAGAGAAGUGCCCUUGAAGCUGAUCGAAAAAUAUAAAACAAGCCUUUCCAAACAGAAAGUAGAGGCCAAGUAUGGUGCACUUGAUCUUUUAAAGCGAUCUCUUCUUAGGAACAUGUUCAUCUGCAUAUGUCUCGGAUAUAUGUGUUGCACGAUUACAUUCGACUCUUUAAUAAGAAGCAUAGGGCAGCUAGAUUUCGACUUUUUUGUAUCGUUUUCGGUUGUUUCAUUUACUGAGUUCCCUUCUUUGGCGCUGGUCUCAUUUAUCUUAGACUUGACAGGGCGAAAGUGGUUGACAGUGUCAACGUUUGCUGUCGCUUGUGUGUUCAGUGUGCUGACAGCAUUCUUGGGUGGCGGAUUAGCGUCGGUUCUGUGUACAGUGGUAGCCAGAUUCGCUAUCAACAUCACUUGCAACACGAUCAUGCAAUGGGCCACCGAGAUGCUGCCAACGGCUGUGAGGGGCACGGGCAUGUCUAUUGUACAUAUAUGUGGGUACGUUGCGACGGUCAUUUCGCCUUUCAUAGUGUACUUGGAGAUCUAUUACACGUGGCUGCCUCUUGUGAUCGCGGGUGGGGUAGCUGGGGUCGGGGUUGUGAUAGUCUUAGAUCUUCCAGAAACGGCUUCCAAGGAACUUCCUCACACAUUUGAAGACGCAGAGACUUUGAUCAGAAAUUCUAAGUUCAUUGAAAUACCGUGUUUGAUGAAAAAGAAGAGCCAAGCAGAGGGUCAUGAGAAUGAUUCUUUUGAAAUGUAGUGUGUCAAAAUUAUGUCGUUUGUCGUUACGUUUUGUAUAUGCAAAAGUGGGAUAAAAGAUGUAUGUGGUAGUGGUAGGCAAUACGCAGUCUCUAGGUUAAACUCUGAUACCUACAUUAAAUGGUGAAGUCGGGGAGAAGAGCAAUCUAAUCUCUUUACACAGUGUCGGCGGAAAGUCGCCAGCCUGUCGGUAUUCUACAGGUUGCACUUCGGGGAGUGUGCCCAAGAGCUACACGAGCUUAUUCCACCGUCCCCAUUCUACCAUCGGACUUUUAGACGCACGGCCGGUUUCCAUCCUUACUUGGUAGAUAUUCCACCAAUUCGCACGAAGCGCUUUGCUUCUACUUUCCUUAUGCGCACUGCCAAGGAAUGGAAUUCCUUGCCGGCGUCUAUAUUUCCGUGUUCUUAUAACCCGGCAACCUUCAAAUCAAGAGUGAACAGGCACCUUCUGGGCGAGCUCGCUCCAUCGUAGGCCACGUCUACGCCUCGGCUAGUCUGUGGCCAUGAGUAAGCCCAUUCAUAAUAAUAAUAAAAAAAAAAAGUGUUUCCUAAGUUCCGUAAAAUGGGGUGAGUACGAGGGCAGUUCGGUUAUAAAUGGGGUGAGGUGGGAUGGUAGGAGGUGAGAUGGUAUUUUUAGACCAGAGUUAUGAUAAUUUUAUAAUUAUUUCAAAGAUUUCAUUGUUUUUAUUUCUAUAAUUUGAGGAAUCAAAUAUAUUUGGAAAAAUAUAGUAAGUAUGUGUUUCAAAGGUCAUUGUGUAUUUCAUUGAAUGGUGUGUAACAAUAAUAUACUUAAGUGAAUUUCCAAAACUGAGAAAUACAAUUGAAUACAAAUACAUUACGAUACAGCGAGGAAAUGCCGCCAGCAUCAUAUACAAAUAAUAAUUUUUGGCCAGCAUCCUUGGUACAAUGUUUCCAGGGCCUAUUUUAGAUCUAAGCUACUUUUUAAUUUCGUUUAGUAAUACCACUGUAUAUAUCUUGUUUGUAAAUAAAUAGUUAUUAGAAAUAGAAAUAAAUUGCUUUUCUUCACCUAUGUACCUAUGCAUUUUAAUAGUAAAUCUAAAUACAAAUAGGUACCUAAUAUAACAUUAUAAUAUUGGAAUCAUAAAGCGUUAAACCAUAACACAAUGAAUCUAAUUAAAUAUAGUGCUUAUUUAACAUUGGGUAAGAUACUUAAUUACACGUGUAAAUAAAGAUAAAAGUCAUUGCUAUGGUUUACCCACAGCGUAGAAUAAUAAUAUUAUAAUCUUUAUUUAAAACUACGUGUUUAAAACGUAUUUUAGGAGAAUAGACCGGCAGAUACAGUUUUAUUUGGCCUGGUCUUCACUAAAAGGUUGUCUGGAUGAGAUCGCAGUUCAGCGAUCAAGGACAAGAUCAAUUAUUUAUAUCAGAAAAUUUUGUCUAUUUUCCUGAAAAAAAGAAGCCUUAUUUUACGGAAUAGAAUGUAUGCGCAUAUGUUUUUAAAAGUUUUCACUGCAGGAUUUCUGAACAUUCUGUUUUUGGGAGUUUUUUUUUAAUUAGUAUCAGUAGCCUGAUUACUAGUAAUAAAGAUAUAA